CGAGUUUACACCCGUCAGAGACGCACACGUCGAGAUAUGUCGCUCCUCCGCCUGGCAUCACGCCUGCCGCGCGCCGCCGCGCGCCAUAAUCUGAGAUGCCUCUCCGGCUCUCACUCGGACUUCGAGACCGUGCGCAAGAAGGUGCCGGCCACGGCCGAGGGCGUCCAGGCCAUGAUCAAGGAGCAGGCGCGGCGCGGCGUCCCGCGACACCGCACACGCCGCGACGCCAUCGACGCGGCCCCGCGACGCGCGUCGACGGCGUGAUGACGCGUCGAUGGCGUCACGGUGGCAUCGUUGCGCCACGACGCCGUCGACGCGGGCCGCGCGGAGGCAGAGCGCACGUGUCACGCCAUCGCCGCGACGCCGGCGACGCGACCGCCCAACGCAGGUCGAGGGCACGCCCGUCAUGCUCUACAUGAAGGGCACGCCGCAGCAGCCCCAGUGCGGCUUCUCGCAGCAGGUCUGCCGCGUGCUCCACGCGACGGGCGUCGAGUUCGACUCCGUGAACGUCCUCGAGGACGAGUCGAUUCGGGAGGGCGUCAAGCAGUACAGCGAGUGGCCGACGAUCCCCCAGCUGUAUGUGGGCGGCGAAUUUAUCGGAGGCUGCGAUAUUGUGACCGAGGCGUUCCAGAGCGGCGAAUUGGACGAGACGUUCCGGGCCGCGGGGGUGAAGAAGUAA